GACAAUAUAAGACGCCUCAAAUUAUAUUGUAUGGUUGUUCUUCGCUCUCAUCUUGAAAUCCACAGGACUUGCUCUGAGUAGCGCUUUUAGCUGAUGGUUCUUUCCAAACCAUACGCGUAUCAGUAAGUUUUCUCAGCUCAAGAGACGGGAGCAUCGUGCGACGUCAUCAUCAACAGGGUUACGCAUUACCAUUAUUGUGCAAAUUCGGAGAUGGGAGCUCUAAAGGAUAUAUUUUGGAGUCUGUCGAAAGAUCGAUUUUGCAGAUUCUGGAGUCUGUCGAAAGAUACAAUUGGGCGAUUUUGGAGUCUGUCCAAAGAUACAUUUGGGAGUCUGUCCGCAGGGAGUCUGCCCGAAGAUAAAUUUUGGCCCAGGAGUCUGUCCAAAGAUAGAUGUUGGGAUCUGCUCAAAAAUUGUAGUCAACUCAUCGUCAGAAUAGACGGACUCCUGGAAGCAGAGACGGCUCUUGAGAAAGCCAGAGAUGAUGCUGAUGCUGCCAGAGCACAGAUCGCCGAGCUCAUCAGGUCGAAUCAAGAAACGCAGGAAAGGGCUAUGGCGGCUCAACAGGCCGCUGAGCAAGCUGCGGUAGCUUCACAGGAUCAGGCCCGUAGGGAAAUGGAGGCGGUGGUCCAGGCUGCACAGGCUGCCAAUGAUGCCCGCUUACUGGCAGAAGCUGCUGCCCAUACCGCUAAUGAACAAGCGAAGCAAAAAGCAGUGGAAGCAGAGGAGGAACGUAAGCGAACUGCCGCUGUACAAGAACAAGCCAAACGAGACGUCCAGGCUACCCAGGAGCAGGCCGAGAGACUACAGGAAGCUGCCGAUGAGGAGAGGAGGAGGGCGACUGUAGCCCAGAAGGCGGCCAACGUGUCGAAAAAAGUGGCAGAAGAGCAAGUAAAGACGGCCAAUGCUGCCAAGGAGGAGGCUGAAUGUUGAGAGCCGAAGAACCCGAGGACGGAAAGGCCGAUAGAGGAGGAUAUGGGACUACGGCCGAAGAGUAAGAGUCUGUUCGGCCACCAUUAUUUGCGUUAUUUGCGCAAGUUAGAAUUUGGUUCUGGCUUUGCUAAUCGUCGGAGCUUGAACAAGAUGUCACGCUCCGAUAACGCUUACCGUAUGC